GUCUGAGUAGGUUACUUCUAAAUGCUAUUUCUCCACAUUCCGAUUAGGUUGGACACAUUGAUUAAUGGCACUUGUUCACUGUGACAACACCUCGCAGGCUAGUGAAAUUUAGCAAUGAGAAGAGAUCCGUGUUUUUCUCCGCUGAAAGGAAUUUCUUAGAUAAAUUUUGAAGUCAUGUUGGACACUGGUGCUAAACUGUCAGAAAAAGGACGUCACAGCAGAAGAAAGUUAAACAGGACAGUCAGAGCAUGGGCUAAAACACGGGUUGAGCUGUUUUUGAUGUGUAUAGUAAGAUAAGUAGAAGUGUAUGGGUGUGCAUUACUUUAUCUCCAGUCUCCUUGUUCCAGAGCCUCUUUGACCUGUAAAUAGCAAAUUCAUAGCAAAGUUGUUUUUAAGCUUAUCCAAAUUAAAGUAUGUUCUUUAUAAGUUUUUUAUCAUGUAAGAUUAAUUUGAAAAGAUGCGUUGUUAUAUAUUAUGCAUUAUAACACAUUUCAUCUUUAUUUUCCACAGGAACAAAUAAACAGCGCAAGAUAACACCGAUCUUUUUAUGAUGAUGUCCACAGCCAACAAAUUCUUGCUUCGUGUUUACCUUUCUACGGAUGUUGCUGUGAAAGUAACCCUGUCUGAAAGGCCAAAAUCUGUGGAGGAGCUCAUAAACAUUCUGAGAGAGAAAGUCAAGGAAAAACUGGACUUUGAGUUUACUCUACAGUACGAGGAUCCUGAUUUUGAUGGACAGCUCAGCUGUCUGGUUGAUAUUAAAGAGCUACCAGAAAAGGGCACAUUGAGAGUUGUGAGGUCAGAAAGUGACGCCAGCUCCUGUGCAAGUUCUGACACAGACAUCCUUCCUCAUGUGCCUGUAAGCAACCGCCAAAAGACCUGGCCUGAUGUUUUCCCUGUGCCUACCUUUUCCUACGAAGUGGAACAUGUCCUUGCAGAGGGAAAUGAUGUAUUCCAGAGAUCUGGAAAGACUGUGAAAUUAAACAGGGCCCAGAAGCACAACAUACUGGAGACAAUGGCUGCGGCAAUGCAUGCCUACAAAGCCUAUCCUAGUGACAGAGAUGUUGGUGCAGCAGCUGAAGCUCUUGUCAGAACACAUCCUUGUCUAAAAGAACUUGGAAGUGUAAGUGGAUGGUACGGCUGGAAGGUGAGCCUGAAGUUUAAGAUGGGAAAUUACUGCACGAAGUUAGCCAGAUCUGGAUGCUUGGAAGUUUCCAUCAACUCAGGAAAAAGAAGCAGGAACAACCCUGAUAAAGAGAGUCCCCACUCCAACAUAAAAAGAGCUCGGCGAGCUGAAGUAAACUUCCUUCCAGACUUUCCCCGUGGAGAAAACCAGGCUAGUCUGGAAGAAAUGAGACUGCAGAUUGUGCAAGAAGUGGCAAAGAGUGAGAAGAACAAAGUCUUCAUUGAAAAGCUGAUGCAGACAACCUUUGCCCUUCGUCGUCAGGAGAUUGUCCAGGAAAAUCCACCAGUGAAAGACAUUUUGGAGAGAUGGCCAGCCCUUCAGAUGGAAACUCAGGUUUAUGCUGAAUUCCACCGAAUCACAAACAUAAACCUUCGAAACCAGUUCUACUCAGAGCUUGACCGGCACAUACCACGACUUCUGGCAAUAUACAGACAGAAAGCAGCACGCACUGGCAAGGUCUCUGAAGCACUGCGCAACAUCUUUAAGCUGUAUGAUCAGCAAAUACAGGAUAUUGACAUCAAGCGCACCACAGCUCUUUGGGCCCUUUCAGCUUACCUGUGUGAAGAUGACCCAGAUUUCUACAAAACCUGGAAUGCUGAGGAGAAGGACGAGCCAGACAUCACAGACACUCCUGUUGCCCUCGUCAUGAUCGUCAAUGACAGCACCUCAGAAAUGGUCCCCUUCGCUCCUGACAGCUUCUCCAUUGUGGUGGAAGACAGCAUGAUGAUGGGAAGUAUCCCCACAUUCUCACAUGCAUUUACACUGGUAUUUGGGUUGAUGUAUGUACUGCAUUUGGCCUACCCCUGCAAACUCACCAGCACUUUUACAUUUAUCCAAAAAGUGGUGAUGGGUCUUGAUGAUGGCAAACCACUAAAACCCCGUCUACUUGCUCUGAAAAAUGACCUGCUCCAGUAAGUGUUGACAUCAUUGCAAGGUGCUAGUAGGAGAACUACAGCUCUGCAGCUUUUUUUUUCUUUUAAGAGUUGUAAAAAGCAGAAAAAGAACUUGACAGCAGGUGGUUUCUGUUGUAUCAAGUGUUGCCUCAGGUAAAUAUGUUUGCACUUUUUUUUUACAGCACAGUUGUGUUGCUGUUGCAAAGAGUUUAAAAUCACAAUGACUUAAGUAUUACCAUGGCUGUCCUUAUUUUAGAAGACUUGAUUUUCAGGUUGUUUUUUUUUUAUUGAUUUUGUUACAUUUUUCAUUCUAUUAGAAGUUUGUUGUAACAUUAUUUGAAAAUGUACACAUUUUGGGAAUAUCCCUUUCAGAACAUUAGCUUUGUUACAUUUUUGUGAAUCACUUCAAAAACUCACUGUUUUCUUAUGGUGUUCAGAGAUAUUUGCACAGUCUCCCACAAAAGUUGACAGACAUGUUAAUGUCCAUUAAGAAUGUAGGUAUUCAGCAACAGUUUGUCUUCCUGUGGGUUUUAAGAACACUGUUAAUGCUGUUGAACUAUUCACACUGAUUGCAGGUUUUAAUGAAAGAGUUGAA